AUGCCCUCCAUAACAAGCCACACCUUCACCACCACGACCAGCCAAAAACCCUACACCUACCUGACGGCCGGGCCUACAACAGGGCCUCUUGUCAUCUUCCUCCAUGGCUGGCCCGCCAUUGCGCUGACAUGGAAACCACAACUCCUCUCCCUCUCAUCGCUGGGCUUCUACUGCGUCGCCCCAGACAUGCCCGGCUACGGCGGCACCUGGACGUCGAGCGACCCGGCGGACUUUGCGCUCGAGAAAAUCGUGCCCGAUCUGCUGGAGCUGUUGGACAGUCUGGGGAGGAAGCGGGCCGUGUGGGUUGGCCACGAUUGGGGAUGCGGCCCGCUCUGGGCACUGGCAAGUCAUCACCCAGAAGUCUGUCGUGCCAUGGUGGGCAUUUCGGUGCCAUACCGGACGCUCGAGCUCGGCCUUCCUGCGCUUCUAGAGCUGAUCGACCGCGGCUUGUACCCGGAGAACGAGUACCCCUACGGACAGUGGGAUUAUCAGGUCUUCUACGAACAGGAGCCCAAGGCCUUGGACAGGCAGUUCGAAUCGAACCUCCCGGUCCACUUGAAGUUGGUGUACGGGCGAGGGAACGCCGUGGCGGGGAAGUCGCCUGCACGGACCGCCGUGGUGACCAAGCAUAAAGGCUGGUUCGGCGGUCCUGGGGCGCCGGUGCCAGACUUUCCACUUGAGAAGACGGUUCUGGACCAGGAGAUGCUCGAUGCCCUAGUUGAGAGUGCGAAGAAGAAAGGCUGGCACGGGGCCACAGCAUGGUACUUGAACCACGCCGCGAACCGCAAGUACACGCUCGAAAAGAGCGCGAAUGACGGCGUGUUGAAGAUGCCAGUGUUGUUCGUGCACACCGAGUACGAUGCUGUCUGCCAGACGGUAUAUAAUCCGAGGCUCAUGCAGGAGAUGCGCAAGAAAUGCGAGAAUUUGACAGAGUUUGUGAUCAAAGCAGGCCACUGGGGUGCGUUGGAGUGUCCUGAGGAGGUGAAUUCGGGAAUUGUGGACUGGAUCAGGAAAGAUGUCAAGGAGUGGUGGCCUGGGCCAGAGCUGAAGAGUCGGUUGUGA